AUGUUCAGUCAUAAUAAUUUAAAUUUAGCAUUAUUUGAAAUAAAACUAGCUUCACCUCAUAAGAAUUUAAUAUUGUUGAAGGGGAAUCAAAAUGAAGUAGAGAAUGUACCAUUCGAAGGUAAUGUUAAAUUAUCUAUACCGAAUGAUGUUCAUGUUAGAAAAAUAAAACUUAAUUUAAUUGGAGAAUUUAAUGUUCAAUAUUUCAGAAGAACUACUAGUGGAUUAAUUAUUGAUCAAAUAGUUGAUCGAUUUUGUAUACUAAAAGUUGAAUGGAAUAACCUUUUAACUAGUCCAGAUGGAAUUAUUCAAUUUGGAAAUUAUGGAGAUGAUGUUAUGCAAUAUUCCAAAAUAGCAACUUUAAAAUCUUCAUCAACAACACAAACAUCAUCAUCAUCGAAACCUUCGGCUGAUAGACCCGUAUUCUUAAGAACAAGUUCACACCCAAUUUUAUCAGCUCAUGGUGUUCCCAGUACUGGAACUGCCAGUCCAGCAGGAAGUAUAACAUCAUCCAAUAAUAGUUCUACAACCUCACUUUUGAAAUUAAGAAAGAGUGGAAUAGAUGGUACACCAUUUGAAAAUCUCAAUCCCAAUCCUAGUCAUUCAUUUUUAUUACCAAAAGGGAAUUAUAAUCUACCAUUUAAAGUAUAUUUACCAACCAAUAUUUGUGAGACUAUUGAAGGAAUAUCAUGUGGGAAAGUUCAAUAUAAAAUGUUAUGUACUAUAUCUCGAGGUAAAUUUGAAAAACCAAUAACAACUAGUAAAUAUAUAAGAAUAUUAAGAACAUUACAUCCUUUGAAUCUCAAUUUAAUUGAUUCAAUAGAUAUUGCCAAUGUUUGGCCUAAGAAAUUACAAUAUAAUGUAUCAUUAGCAAAGAAAGGUGUUGCUAUAGGUUCAACAAUACCAAUUAGUGUAAUUAUUGUUCCAUUGGUUAAAGGUUUAGGAUUAAAAUCUAUUAGUGCAUGUAUUGUUCAACAUUUUCAUGUAUCUCAUGAUACAAAUAAAUCUCCUGAAUAUGAACUCCUUCUUGGUAAGCAAGAUUUAAAGAUUCCAUCUCAUAAUGAAUUGGGAGAAGAUAAGUGGACUAUUAAAACAUUUUAUAAAGUUCCUAAUAAUUUAUCUUCAUUAACCCAAACAUGUGAAUUGAAGAAUAAUUUUGUAACUGUCAAACAUAGAAUAAGAAUAUCAAUUCAACUUAAAAAUAAAGAAGGUCAUGUUAGUGAAUUAAGGGCUAAUUUACCUAUAAAUGUUUAUGUUAGUGCCUAUUCAGGUCAUGUAAUUGCUAAUCAUUUUACUAUUGAUCAAGAAAAUCAAGAUGUAUUUGAAGAAGAUAAACAUAGUCAAGACAUUUUAUUUAAGAAAGAUCGUUCACUUCCUAAUACACCAAACUUAUCAGAUGUUGAAGAUUCUACAGUUGAUAAUGAUUUAGAUCGUGAAGAUGAAGCUCCUCCAUUAUAUCAAGCUCAUGUUUAUGAUAGAGUUUAUGAUAUGAAUUUACCUCAAACUCCUUUAGAACAAUUUCGAUCUCAAGAUAAUACUCCAUUACAUUCAGCUAAUACUUCUAUGACUCAAUUAAGUAGUUAUUUUGAUGAUGCCUUUGGGCUUCAAUCUCAAACAUUACCCAAAACUCCACCUAUUCCUCUUGAUGUUGAAAAGUUAUGUAAGAUUCCAACAUAUGAUCAAGCGGUUGAUGCAGAUGAUGAUGUAGCGGGUGAUCUUAGUACUCCAGCUCCUAAUUAUUCAGAUGAAGAAUCUGAUGAAGAAUCCUCCUUAUCAAGUGAUCUGAUCCCUCGACCUAAAAUGACAAAAUGGAAGUCAAUGGAUAGAAAUCAAUUCCGACUUGGUUCUCGAACCAAUGGAAUUCAUUCAUUACCUCAUUCUCCAUUAUCAAGAUCACCGAUUCGAGGACUCAUUGAUGAAUCAUCUGAAUCAAUUGAUGAACGAGAUAUUCGAGCAAAAUCUCCUACCCCUUCUUUCUCAAGUCUUCCUCAGUUUCACUUAAGAUUCUCGAAGAAGCGUUCAUAG